GAGAUUUUCUGUUUAUUUAAAAAACAUGUAUUUUAAUAAAUAAAUUAUGCUUCCUUAGAAUAAAAAUCAAGUUCCUAAUAAGUAUGAGGCCCACACGCAAAAAACCAAAGAAAUGUGUGAAAACCAAAAUUCACAAGAAAAAGCUUUCAUCCAAAAUCAAAAAGUGCUUGAUUUCUUGCGGUAAUAAUACUCCUGACUUUGCUACCGCUGCUCCUGAUAUUGAAACUAUAAAUCAUGCACUUUAUAUUGAUAAAUCCCAACAGGCAGAAGGUAAAGGAAAAUGGAAGGUUCUGCCUAAGGACUCCGUCGAGGUUUACAAAGAUAAACUUCGCCGUAAAAAUAAUAAAAGACGAAGAAAAGAUAGCCAAGAUGAUAGUAGCGAAGACUCAAUCCCAGAUAGAGGGCGCGAUAAGGAAUCUAGCGGAAAACAUGUGUGCAAAUGUAGGGUUCGAAAAAAAAGGUGUGACACAUCUUGCUCUUCUUACUCCAGCUAUACCUGUGACUCUCAAAUGUCUUCGUCUGAAACGAUGUCAAACUAAUGUAAAACCGUCCGGCCUGUUUAAAUAAAUGUUCUAAGCAAGUA